AUGGCAGAAGCGGCGGCGAUCUUUGCGGGAUUCAAAUGGUUGGCUUCGCGCCCAUUCAUAAUCGACCUCCUCAAGAAGGGAUACUCCUACAUCGACAUGAAUGUAGAUGAAAAGCUGCAGGAUCUGCAAAACAUCGUCAUCCCCCAAAUAGAGAUGCUGAUUGAGGUCGCAGAAAAUAGCCCGCAUAAAGACCGCUUCCAUAGUUGGCUGCGGAGCCUCGAGGAAGCAGUUUACGAAGCAGAGGACGUGCUGGACCUGUACGACUAUUACUUUCUCGAAAAAAAAGUGAAGAGUAGUGCAGGAGGAAUCAAGGUACGUCUAGAAUCUCUUCCUCCAAUCAAAUACUUAUCAAAAAAAUUUAGUAUAAAGCUGAAAAACAGCUUGAUUAAGCUGGAGAAGACUGUUGCGAAAGCCAGAGAAUUUCGGCCAUUCUUGCCCGGAGGGAGUAGUAAUGUAAGGGCGUCCGAAACUGCCAACGAUUCAGGUCGGAGGGUCACAGGUCGGAGGGUCACCACCACCUCGCAACUCCCACACAAAGUGUUCGGCCGAGAUAAGCAGCGUGAUCAUAUCGUUGACCUCCUGCAUGAGACGGCGGGGCUCGAACCUGAAUCUAGCUCUGUUAAAUGCUAUUCUGUCGUAGCCAUCGUUGGUCUAGGAGGAGCUGGGAAGACGACUCUUGCACAAUAUGUCUGCGAUUAUGAAAGAGAAGCAGUAGUCAAGCAUUUCAAUGUCAUCAUGUGGGUUCAUGUAUCUAAGAGAUUGGAUGUCGAACAGUUGACAAAAAAGAUGGUGGAGUCGGCAUCUCGAGAGGAAUGCCCUCGCCUUGAUAAUCUCGACACCCUUCAAGUAAAAUUGGAAGGUUCCCUAAGAUCAAAAAAGUUUUUACUUGUAUUGGACGAUGUAUGGAGCGAGAAAGAGGUGGCCGAGUUGCAAUGGGAGCAGUUGCUCGCUCCUUUACGAGUGGGCAAUAGAGGAAGUAAGAUCUUAAUGACGACCCGCGAGCGGGGAGUAGCGGAGGCCUUACGCGCUAGAAACAUUCUAGACCUAAAGGAGCUAGAAAAAAGUGACUUCUUGUCCUUGUUCACGUACUAUGCUUUUGAUGAUGCCAAAAUUGAUGAUAUCAAGCUAUACGAGGAAUUGGAAGAGAUCGUGAGGCAGAACACACCGAAGCUGCAUGGCUCUCCCUUAGCGGCGAGAAUGGUUGGUAGCCAACUACGCAGAAGGCCGGAUGUGAACUUUUGGAAGAGGAUUUUGAGUGGAGACCUAUUGAAAGACACUAUGAAGUCUCUAUUGUGGAGUUAUCAAAACUUAGAUGCACCAUUACAAAGAUGCUUCUCAUAUUGCAGUCUAUUUUCUAAGGGUCAAGGAAUCCGGCGGGACAAGUUAAUUCGCCUGUGGAUCGCGGAGGGCUUCAUCAAGACAGUGGAUAAGAGCAAGAGAAUUGAGGAUGUAGGCCGAGAGUACUUUGAUGAUUUGCUAUCCAGCUCUUUCUUUCAACCAACAAAGGACGAUGAUCUCUACACUAUCCAUGAUCUAUUGCAUGAUCUAGCAGAGAUGGUUUCUAAAGAUCGAUAUCUUAGAGUUGAAGGAAAUCUGACAGAGGCAGUAGUACCCCAAGAGAUUCGUCAUCUUUCCCUCCGCAUCGAUACACCAAGUGAUCUUGUUGAGAAGAUAUGUAAUUUAAAAAAUCUACACACGUUGAUAAUCCUUACGAGGACUAAUGAUGAUUACAUUGAUGAUCUUCUCCACAACAUAUUUGUCAAACUAAAAAAACUAAGGGUGGUGGAUCUUGGGAAAUUCAACUUAACAGAACUACCAAAAUCAAUUGGGGACUUGAAGCAUCUGCGCUACCUUGAUCUUCAUAAGUCAUCAUUUGAAAUUUUGCCAAAAUCAGUUUCUACACUCUACCAUUUAGAGUUUUUGUCUAUGUGUGAAUGUACAUUAGGAGCAAAAAGACUAGCCAACUGGAUUAAUUUGCGGCAUUUAUAUAUCUUUCGCGUGAUUCUCAAUGUUGUUGGGAUUGGCUGCUUGAAACACCUGGAGAGCCUAAGAAAUUUUCAGGGGUAUUCAAUACAUAUUAAUGGCCUUGAGAAUGUUAAAGAAGAGGGGGAGGCCCCUGUGGAGAUAAAAGGUAUUGAGAAACUUUGUUUAGAAUGGAGUACCACCGAUAACAUUAGCAGGUCGUCGGACAUGGAUGCACAAGUACUUGAGGGUCUUCGUCCGCCUCCCCAUCUUCAGUAUCUCAAAAUCGUGGGCUAUCAGGGUUGCCUAUUGCCAAGUUGGAUGGUAGGAGACCGAUACCUCUUACACAAUCUUAUAUCUCUUAAGCUUAUCCGAUGCCGACAGCUAAAGCAACUCCCGAUCCUUUCCCUAACCACCCUGAAAAAGCUCGUGCUUUCUGCUUGCUCCUCCCUUCCAGUUGUCUCCAAAGAGGAUUUAGCAAUUAUUAGGUCCACACAAGACGUAAGAAUUUCCCAAGUAGUGACUUCUAUGGAGGGCUUGGUUGCUACGUACGGAUCCCGUAUUGUAUCGGAAAUGGGGUGGGAUUUACAGCAUGGGUAUGAUUCACAGAAAUUGCACAAUUGGUUAGAAAAGACCAUGGACAUUGUCUACCAAAACCCGCAGGAGGAGGAGGAGGUGCAGCUAGUACUGCCCCCUUCUCUUGAAAGUCUUGAUAUCAGCUCUUGUCCACUCACCGACAGCACAUUGCGGCAAGUUUUGCGAGGUCUUACUUCUCUAAAAUUCCUGGAGCUUUUUAAUAUUGUUUCACUUACAUCCCUUCCCUCGGCGGAUGUGUUGGGAUGUCUGACGGUGCUCAAAAAGCUACAUAUCAAACAAUGCUGGUUCCUAACCUCGCUGGGGGGUUUGCAAGCCCUCGGCUCAUUGCAGGAGCUCGUCAUAUCCUUUUGCCCCAGCCUAUCUGCCCAAGGUGGCAGCACCUCCAUCCUGCCCUCAUCUCUAAAGUAUCUCAAGAUCGAGGAAUGUUAUUGGAAGCAUUUGGAUGAUUCGCAGCCUGAUCCGACUUCCGCAAUCGAUUCAGAGGGCUCGGACAUCCCAUUCGCGGCAUCCCUUCAGCUGGGUCAUCUGAAAUCACUCUGGAAAUUGAGCAUCACCAACUGUCCAAAUAUUGGUUCGUUGCUCGGUUUGCAAGAGUUGAAUAACCUUGCAGAUCUAACUUUGAUGGGAUGUCUGAAACUCGCCAAUGCAGAAACCAAGUUAGGGAGUCCUGUUUUACGUUCUUUCGACACUGAUGCUCCCUUGCUGCUCGAUGUGCUGCUCGCAGAAGAAGCCCUCGCCUCUCUCCAGCUCUUGUCUAUUGAGGAGUUCAAAGAAGAAUCAUUCAGGUCGGAGGAAGAGCAAGUGCUUCAGCACCCCACCUCGCUCUAUUCCCUAGCCUUCGAGAGUUGCAGCAUCAAGUCCUUGCCUAACAGCUUGGAAGGCAUAUCAUCCCUUCAAGCGCUGGGUAUUUCCGACUGCCCAAAUAUCACGUCAUUGCCGGAUCUGCCGAAAUCACUCCGGUAUUUGAGCAUCACCAACUGUCCAAAUAUUGGUUCGUCGCUCGGUCUGCAAGAGUUGAAUGACCUUAAAGAUCUCACUUUGAUGGGAUGUCCGAAACUCGCCCGUGCAGAAACCAAGUUAGGGAGUCCUGUUUUACGUUCUUUCCGCACUGAUGCUCCCUCGCUGCUCCAUGUGCUGCUCGCAGGAGAAGCCCUCGCCUCUCUCCGGCGCUUGUGGAUUCACGAGUUCAAAAAAAAAUCAUUCAGCUCGGAUGAAGAGCAAGUGUUUCGCCACCUCACCUCGCUCGAUUCCCUAAGCUUCCAGAGUUGCAGCAUCAAGUCCUUGCCUAACAACUUGGAAAGCCUAUCAUCCCUUGAAGACCUGCAUAUUUCCGACUGCCCGAAUAUCAUGUCAUUGCCGGAUCUGCCGAGAUCACUUUUACGGCUCUACUUUACACGCUGCAAUCCGGUGUUGAAGAGGCGAUGCCAAAAGCCUCAUGGCCAAGAUUGGUGUAAAAUAUCGCACAUCCGUGAGGUAUUCCUCAAUGGAGUCGCCCUCUAGGAUUGUCUUGCUUUGCCAAAAUUCGGAGGUAUGCUUUCCUUGGCUUGUGAUAUGCCCUCGUACACUUUUCCAGGCACUACUUUUAACAAUUUCACAUUUUAAAUUAGGUACAUGAGACUUGAAAUUUUUUUUUAAAAUUAACUUUUGUAUCAAUUGCUUUAUGAUUUUUUUUUUAUUGGAUAAGAUUUAAUCUACCCCCAUGUGGUUUAGCAUGUUUUCACUUAGCUGUCUUGUAUUUCAAAAUUUGCACUUUACUAUUCUGUAGUUAAUUUUUGAUUCACCAAAAAAAAUUUACCGUCAAAGAGAGCAACAAAAGUGAUUUUUUUUUUUUUUUUGAAAACAA